AUGGCUUUUGGUUUCGGUGCCUCUAACUCCGCUGGGGGAAAUGCCUCUGCGGAGCUUGGUUCAGAGCUUCCCGAUGUCUUUACCGAUGAAGUCGGCUUCAAGGGCCUCUCUGGCGACGCCAACAUCCGCUUUCUUCCAACGGCAUGGCCCGACGACGCGCUUCCUGCUUCCACCUCCUCUCUUCUGGCUGUCGCACACACCAAAGGCCUCGUUGUCGGCGCGGGUCCUGAUGCGCUCGUAAUCAGCACUACCGAAGUCAUCAGAAACUCAAUCGAGGCGCCUGCCGGAGAGGAUAUGGAAAAAACCAAGCCAUUCCAACCAAUUGCCACAAUUCCCCUUCCUUCUCGUCCCACCCAUGUGGCAUUCACACCGGGCGACGACGGCUUGAUUCUCGCCACGGAGAAUGGCCCUACAAUUUCAGUCUUCGACACAAAUUCCCUCACGCAAGGAAAUGCGCAGCCAGCAAUCUCCAUUCCCACGAAUGGAGUGUCACUAAGAGCACUGGCGCCAAACCCUGAUCCUUCCUCGACACUUGUCGCACUGGUUACUAUGAACGGCGAGCUUCUUAUGGCGGAUCUCAAGGCUGGAAGCCUACUUCCUGGACCCAAUGGGCCAGUUCUCAAGGAUGGCGUUAGUUGUGUCUCAUGGAGCAACAAAGGAAAGCAGCUCGUGGCAGGAUUGGCCGAUGGCACUGGAUACCAGAUGACCCCAGAUGGAACCAAAAAGGCUGAAGUCCCUCGGCCAUCUGACUUGGAGGGAGAUUGUCAUGUUUCAUCUAUCGCAUGGCUAGAAAACGAUGUUUUCUUUGUGACAUAUACACCAAAUGCCUUGGAGGAUGACAUGGGAAUGAACCCGCCUUCUUCAUACUAUAUAAUUACUCGUCGCAAGCAGGCGCCAUUCCUCAUCCAGAAGCUGCCUGAAAUCUGCUCUACUAUGGGUUUCAUGUUAAAGCGUGCCCCCUCAUUCCAAUUUAUUAUCAGAAUCAGAGAUUACAAGCCCCACUUGAAAGAUGUCUUGAUCGUCGCAUCAACUGCGUCCACUGAUCUUGGACUCAUAACGCGAUCCGAUCAGCCUCUGGCAAACGAUGAGAGAACCAAGCUUCAUGUUGGUCAGUUCAUGACCACAGAACUCAGCGAUGACACCAAACGCGCCAGCGUUCCGUUGAAGGAAUCUGGAGAUGAGACGUCAGUCAUUGGCCUGGCGCCAAACCUGUCAGCCACUGGAAAUGUCAUUGCUCCGCUUCCAGGUUCCGAUAUCGCGGAGAGCUCAACUCCCCUGCCCGGCGUUAUGCUAUUGAACAACGACGGUAUUCUUUCGUCGUGGUGGUUUGUUUAUGCCGAUUCCAUUCGCCAAAACGUCCCAUAUUCUGGGUUGGUUUCAUCUGGCCAGGCAACUCAAGUUCCCCAAGCUGAACCGCAGGCUCCGACUCCUGUAUCGACCCCAGCCCCUGCACAGCAACCUGCAUUUGGGCAGUCGGGCUUCGGUGGCUCGUCAGCAUUUGGCCAGCCAGCCUUUGGCAAGCCAGCGGCAGCUCCUGCCUUCGGUAGCCCGUCGGCUAUGGGCGCCUCAACCAUGGGCGCCACUGCUUUCGGAAAACAAAGUACCCCGGCAUUCGGAACUCCAUCGCGGCUAGGUGGAAGCCCUAGCCCGGCCUUUGGAAAGACAUCAUCCCCAGCCCCGGCUUUUGGGACUCCAUCUCAACCAGGAGCCUCAUUUGGCACUUCCAGUACCCCCGGAGUACAGUUUGGAAAAUCCGGAUUUGGAGCUAUGGGAUCUAGUCUUGGACAAUCCAGCACUCCAGCAAAUCCCUUUGGAGCCAAUGGCGCCGUAGCCAAUGGUGGAGGAUUUAGUUCAUUUUCGGGUGGAGGUGGCUUCGGUAGCUUCGCGGCAGCAAAGCCAGGGGAGUCGCCCUUUGCAGCAAAAGCAUCGGGCGAGUCACCUUUCGCAGCCAAAGCAUCGGGCGAGUCACCUUUCGCAGCCAAAGCUUCAGGCGAGUCACCUUUCGCGGCAACACAAUCAAGAGGGUCACCAUUUGCAGCUUCCUCUUCUGGUGAAGGUAGUUUCGGAAAACUCUCUGCCUCGCCCUUUGGAGCCAAACCCCAAACUCAAACUUCAUUCCCACCUCCAGCUUCCAACGAGGUCCAAAAUCCCUUCGGCGCUGCCAAAGGUGGCUUUGAACUCAAGUCAAGCUUCAAGGGCGAUGGCUCGGCUGUCAAUGACGGACCAAAGCCAGAUAAAUCCUCCGGGGCGUUUUCAUUCGGUACUUCCUUUGACAAUAUGAUGUCAACGUCGCGCAAGGGAAGCUUGUCGCCCAGUGAAUCAAUGGAUGACUCCGAAGACAUUGAACCUGUAAACAAGGAGACUUUCUCGAUUUUCGGUGGGCCAAGCAAACCUGAUUCACAGACUCCUACAUCGGCGUUCAGUUCGAAGAUGACAACCUCGAAGACUACUACUUCGAUCGGUACCAACAAGCCAGCAUUUUCGAUGUUCGGUACCACUUCCGACCAAAAGGGCGUGACUAGCCCCUUGUCAGUGCUGUCUGAUAAGACAGAAACGCCUAAGAAGAAUUGGACCAAGACAUCAAGUAUUGACGUGGAGACACCAUUGCCACCAGAUUCUACUACCAAGGCUAGUUAUGCUCCUGGUGAUACUUCUGCUUCUUCCAAUGUGUCGAAGAGCUCUAUCGAAGAUGCCCCGCUUCCUCCAGAUUUCACCAAAGUAAAGAAGUCUUCACCAAAACCCGAGGAUGAUGCCCCGCUGCCGCCUGAUUUCCUCUCGAAGAAAAAGACAGCACCCAAGAUGGAUGAUGCCCCGCUGCCGCCUGACUUCCUUACCCAGAAGAAGUCUGUACCGAAACUGGAUGAUGCUCCUCUGCCUCCCGACUUCCUCACUCAGAAGAAGUCUGUGCCUGAGGCAGACGACGCUCCUCUUCCUCCAGAUUUCCUAGCAAAACCCAAGAAGUUGGAGGCUGCAGCUAUCCCCGAAGACGCACCUUUGCCACCCGAUUUUCUUGCGAAGCCAAAGACGGAAUCCUUUGAAGAGGAAGUUCCAAUUCCAGAUGAGUCUGAUGAAUCUGGUCUCUCUGAUGAAGAUUCCGAAGUCGCCGACGAGUCGGACUUCAGUGAUAGCGGCGAGGAAAUCACACAUGAUGAGGCGAUUACUGCCAAAGCCAGGCAAUCGACACAGACCUCCUUUAGUGCAAUGUCUGAGCAAAGCUCUACCGGUGGAUUUUUCAGUAGUCCUGCUCCAAAGGCCGAGGAGAAAGGACGUCUCCCCCGGCAACUCUUUGGGGAGAUCCCCAAACAGCCACUGCUUCCUCCCCCGGUUCCCAUCACCCAAGGUAACCGUGAGCCCUAUCGGUCACCCAGCCCUGUUCGUGGCGGGAUACCAAAGAGUGUACUGUUCUCUGAGAAGUCGCAAGGCCGCAAAGGCUCCACAAGUGCAUUGCACUCGCGCAAGGCAUCCCUUACCCAUAUUGCAAAGCGUGAUGGGCACCUGAGAAAGACCAGCGAUGUCGCUCGUGAGGAACAAGAGAAGCAAGCACGCGCUCACGCAGCAGCUCAACGCCAGGAGGAAGAUGCUUUGUCUUUGUCAGAUGAUGACGAGGACGAUAGACUUCGUGACGACUUGGCUCAGCCCGUUGAGCCCGUCGAUACCCUUGAUCCAUUCUUGCCUCACCAGAACUACAUGGGAGAGACCGCAAAGCCAGGAAUUGCUGGCCAGGUCGAGCGACUUUAUCGCGACAUCAACUCUAUGGUCGACACAUUAGGAAUCAAUGCUCGGUCAAUGGCAGGAUUCCUUCUGCACGAGCAGCCUACGAAACCUUCUGAUAUUGAUGAUUGGGUGGUGGUUCUCAACGGCGAUCAGCCCGCCGAUAUCCUCGACACAAAGAUGGCUUUGAGAGAUAUCGAGAGAUUUGAUGAGAUGGUUGCUUCGAUUUCGCAAUCAUUGGAAAACCAGCGAGUGCAGGGAGUGGAUCAAAAGCUAGAUGCAUGCCGUGAGUUGCUCACAAAGCAAGUCGUUACCCUUCGAGGCCAGUUUGCCAGCAUCCGGAAGACUCUCGAUGCACACACUGAUAUCGGCGCCAUUCUCGAAGCGCCUCUUUCCGCCGAGCAAAGUGCUCUCCAGCAUGAUUUGCGCACCACAUUCACCAACAUCCAAGUCCAAAUGGCCGCUCUCGAACAAGCAGUCUCUCUUCUGCGCGCCAAAAUCGCCGAUAUGCCCCAGGCAAAUGGGGCUGGCAGAAAUCGCCCAACUGUUGAGGCUGUCACCAAGACCAUUGCUACGAUGAUGAGCAUGGCUGAGGGCAAGAGCACAGAUAUCGAUGUUCUCGAAGCUCAGAUGCGCAGGCUUGGCGUUGACAUUGUUAGUACAGGACCCCCGAGCCGCGAGGGAUCCCCCUUCGCUACUCCUCGCAAGAACAUUGCCAGUCGUUUGCCCAUGACUCCUGGCUCGCGAGGCUCGAUUGACAACAGUGCCUACCACACUCCCGAGUCUGCCUCGCGUGGUCUCAACUUCCGAGCCAGCAUGAAUGCGUCAAUUAGACAAAGCCGUCUCCGCAGCGUGGAAGGUGCCAAUGAACCUGCACUCCCGAUGGAAGACCUGUUACAAUAUAAAGCGAAGAAAUCGCGCCGGCAGCACUUGCAUGCCCACUUGAAGAAAGCAUUCGAGGACAAACCAGCAAAGGUGCGCGGUGUCGACGACUGGUAG